CCUUGUUUUAUUGUGGGUCAAAAAAGUAGUUUCAGGAUUGGAGGCUUGAUGGAGCUUCCACAGAUUCAGGGAACACUUCAAAUUUAAAAAAUGAAGAAUGUGGUAUGCGUUGAGGAUGCAUUACGGGCCAAUAUGAAGGAUAAGAAAUACCUUGAUGAGUUGUCCUUGAAUUGGGGUAACGGGAUUAGUGAUGAUGUUAUACAAAGUGGUGUAAUAGAUGAUGAUAUUCUCAACAAGUUACAACCUCAUCCAAAUUUAAAAAAGCUCUCCAUCAUAAGUUAUCCUGGUGUAACAUUUCCAGAUUGGCUUGGUGAUCUUUCAUUCUCGAAUCUUGGGUCCCUUCAGCUUUCGGGUUGUGAGAAUUGCUCAACGUUGCCGCCACUUGGGCAGCUACCUUGUCUUGAACAUCUAGGGAUCUCAAACAUGAAAGGAGUAGUGAGGGUGGGUAGUGAGUUUUAUGGAACUUCUUCCUCGCUUCAGCCCUCCUUCCCAUCCCUGCACACCUUAUCAUUUGACCAUAUGUCCAAUUGGGAGAAAUGGUUAUGUUGUGGAGGCAGACAUGGAGAAUUCCCUCGUCUCCAGAAGCUUUCUAUACAGUUCUGUCCCAAACUCACUGGGGAAUUACCAAUACACCUUUCUUCAUUGAAGGAACUUAACCUUCAGUGUUGUCCACAGCUGCUUGUGCCUACACUCAACGUUCCUGCUGCCCGUACAUUGCAGUUGAAAAGGCAAACUUGUGUGUUCACAGCUAUUCAAACUUCAGAAAUUGAAAUUUCAAAUGUCUCUCAAUUGAAAAAACUUCCAGUGCUACCCCACAAUCUCUACGUUAGAAAAUGUGAUUCUGUGGAGUCUCUACUGGAGGAGGAAAUCCUGCAGGCCAACAUGCACUAUUUGAUGAUUUAUAACUGCUCUUUUUCCAGGUCCCCGAGCAAAGUUGGUUUACCCACUACAUUGAGAUCACUAUUGAUCUUUCACUGUACCAAAGUGGACCUUCUUCUACCUAAGUUGUUCAGAUGCCAUCACCCGGUUCUCGAAAUUCUAACAAUCAGUGGCGGUGCCUGUGAUUCUCUCUCGUUGUCCUUCUCAAUGUUGGACUUCUUCCCCAGGUUGACUAAUCUCCAUAUAUUUGAUCUUGAGGGGCUUGAGGAGCUCUGCAUCUCGAUUUCAGAGGGGGAUCCCACAUCUCUUCGUCAAUUGAAAAUCAAUGGGUGCCCUAAUCUUGUAUACAUCCAACUGCCCGCUCUCGACUCGAUGUGCCAUGAGAUUUGUUAUUCCUCCAAUCUCAAAUUGCUGGCGUACACCCAUUCAUCUCUGCAGAAACUGCAUUUAGAGGAUUGUCCAGAAUUGUUGUUGCACAGAGAGGGUUUGCCUUCCAACCUAAGGGAACUUGAAAUAUUAGGCUGCAACCAACUCACGUCACAGGUGGACUGGGAUUUGCAAAGACUGACCUCUCUUACUCAUUUCACAAUCAGAGGUGGAUGUGAAGACGUGGAAUUAUUUCCCAAGGAGUGCCUGCUGCCCUCUUCUCUAACUUAUCUUUCAAUCGCGAAUCUUCCAAAUCUCAAGUUUCUUGACAGCAAAGGGCUUCAGCAACUCACCUCUCUUCUACAAUUACACAUCCAGAAUUGCCCUGAGCUCCAAUUCUCGACUGGAUCUGUUCUUCAACGCCUUAUCUCUCUCAAGAAAUUAGGAAUCUACAUGUGUGAAAGGCUCCAAUCCUUGACAGAAGCGGGUCUUCACCACCUCACCACUCUUGAAGCCUUAUGUAUCAUCGGUUGCCCUAAGCUCCAAUACUUGACAAAAGAGAGACUGCCAGACUCCCUCUCUUAUCUGAAGGUCUACAAUUGUCCUUCACUGGGACAACGGUGCCAAUUCGAGAAAGGGCAAGAAUGGCGUUAUAUAUCUCACAUUCCAAAAAUAGUGAUCGAUGAUGUGCUAUUUUAAUGGAAGUGGCACUGCACCAACACAUGGGCAGUUGCCAAGCAGAUGAAGGGGAAGCAGAGAAGAAUGCGGUGGGUUAUUGACAAGCAAAAUUGAGUUCUAGGCGGAACAUAAUCCCAUGAUCUUGUAUAUAUGCAUUGCCCUCUUUCAACUCCAAAAAUGGUGAUCAAUGAUUUGUUAUUUUAAUGAAAGUGGUGCUGCACCAAUAUACGAUCAGGAAAGUUCAUUUUGUGAGCAAAUUUGACCAACCUCAAAUGGUAUAAAGUAUGGAUGGCCUUUGCUUGGUUGGGUCAAGUUACAGUCAGACUUGAGUACCUUCACAUGGUAAGAGUCUUAAGUUGAAAAUUAAGUUGUGACUCGAUGUCCCAUGAAAUUCACAACUGCUCCAAGCUCAAAUUACUGGCGCACACCCAUUCAUCUCUGCAGAAACUGAGUUUAAUGUAUUGUCCAGAAUUGUUGUUUCACAAAGAGGGUUUGCCUUCCAGCCUACGUGAACUUCAAAUUUGGUUCUGCAACUGACUCACGUUCCAGGUGGACUGGGAUUUGCAAAUACUGACCUCUCUUACUCAUUUCGCAAUCUUUGGUGGAUGUGAAGACGUGGAAUUAUUUCCCAGGAGUGCCCGCUGCCCUCUUCUCUGACUUUUCUUCCAAUCUAUGGUCUUCCAAAUCUCAAGUCUCUUGACAGCAAGGGGCUUCAACAACUCACCUCUCUUGUAAAAUUAGACAUCAGGAAAUGCCCUGAGCUCCAAUCCUUGACAGGAUCUGUUCUUCAACACCUUGUGUCUCUCAAAGAAUUACAAAUCCAGCACUGCCCAAGGCUCCAAUCCUUGACAGAAGCGGGUCUUCACUACCUCACCACUCUUGAAAUCUUGCAUAUCUACGGCUGCCGUGAGUUCCAAUACUUGACAAGAAAGAGAUUGUCGGACUCCGUCUCUUGUCUGAUUGUGGACCCAUGUCCUUUACUGAAACAACAGUGCCAAUUUGAGAAAGGGCCAGAAUGGUGUUAUAUAUCUCACAGUCCAAAUAUAAUCAUCAAUGAUGAGCUAUUUGAAUGAAAGUGGCACUGCACCAGCACAUCAGCAGCUUCAAGUCUGGGACGAAUAUUGAGGAGUUGUAGAUGAGGAUUCAACCUAGUAUGCAUAACCCAAGUGAACACAAAUUUUAUUUACUGUGGAAAAACAUGGAUGCCUUGGUUUUUCCUCACUUUCUUUUUCCAUUUCUCUUAUACAGGCAUGGAGGAAACCAUGGAUGCAUUCUAGUUCGCUGCUUAUUAGUAAGUAAUUUUAAUUGCUUAUGAUUCCGUUAUUUUUUAUAUUCUCAAUAGCUCACACAAUGAUGGAGCUCAUCUUUUUUAGAAGAAAAUACCUCAUUGUUUAAGGUUUUGUUUAAUCAAUUUUAUUAUGUUUGAUACCAGAACUAUUUAAAUCUUCUACAUUGUUAAUGUCUUGACCUCCUUUUUGCACUCAAAGGCUUUUAAUCUGUUUGACACUCUUGAAGAAUUGUACAUCUACACAAGUUAUUGGCUGGUCCGGUUGUUGAAGAUUUGGGCAGGCAACGAACUCUAUUUGUUUGAUUUCAGAAAUUCUCCAACAGAGAAAGAGAAAAAAAAAAA